AUGUCGGCCAGAUCUAGAGCUCGUCGGAAACAUAUCUUAGGCAGUUGCAGGACUUGUAGACGCCGCCAUGUUCGGUGUGAUACGCAACGGCCUGCCUGCCAGACAUGCGCGGCCGUAGGCCUAACUUGCGAAGGGUUUUCUAAUGAAAUUCGAUGGGCGUCCUCCCGAAAACGUUCACCCACCUAUGUGGAGGCUGGCCCUAUCGCUAGGUUUGGGGUUAGGCAUCAUUUGUUAACGGAAGAGGAUAGGCGCUCGAUGACUGAUGCCCUAAGCAAGGAUCUCUUCUUAGGCUCUGUCGAUGCUUCCCUAGAGGAGAUUGACACGAGAUCAAAGACCCCUUGCUUUCUAUCCGGAUGGGAAGCAAGAAUUGGGCCUUUCGCUGUUCUUCAUAUUUCUGCCGCCCCAGUCAAAUCGCAAGAUGCGCAGGUCCAACAUCCCGUGGAAGAGCCACCUGCAGAUGAGCUCGUCAGCGUUCAGGCCUCCGAUAUGAGCAUUCCACCAGUUCUAGACAUUCCCUCAGCUCCUGUAGAUUCUUUCCUGCAAUGGGACGAUAUUCUGGACCUUGGUAGCGACUUCCCUGCGUUUUCGGGCUAUUCUGCCUUGGACCCUGAAUCUGCCUUUGAUUUCACAACGGCGUCGCAUCUCGAUGGCCCCUUGAUUGAGGAGUCAUCAAUGACAUAUCCAAACUUCGAUGACGAUGAAGGCUGUGACAUCUCUUCCGAAAACACUGCGUAUCAACAGCCUUUGACGCAUCGGUCGUGCAAGAAUGAAGAUAUAUUAAAGAAUGCCGUUGAAUUACUGAAGCACUUUCAAAGAAGGGUUAUACCUCAGAUGGCUGUUGUUCAUCUCAGCAAGAAGUCACCUUGGGAUAUUGUUAACAUGCCGGCUGCGUUGCUUACAUUGGGAGCAUUAACGAUAAUGGACUGCGAAGCUGUUACUCAUGCGUCACAGGCACAUUUAUACUCCCUUCUCGCAUGCUCGGCAAUUGAUCUCGCGGCCAACCUGUCAACGGAUAAGAUGGGCUUUCCAGCAGAGUAUUGGGAAGGGCUUGCACAGCGAUGCUACGGGGAAGCCAAAAGUCACAUACGAAUAUCGUUGAGCGAGGAAACGGGGGGAUCAGAAAAGGCCAAGCUUAAAGACCAAUUGAUGGCACUUUAUGGAAUGAUAAAAUUUACAGUCUUUUCCGGUCAACCUCGGGAUGCAAGGUGUUACCUUAUCGAUGCAGAGCGACUCCUGCGCGUACGGGGACUGCCAAAGCGCAGGAUUUCACGAAGGAUGCGUCUCCUGCUCAAUGUAUACACCUGGCUUCGGAUUGCAGGCGAAAGUACCUAUGUCCUCCAUGAUUACACGUUACCAACGUCAUCACUUAGUACUUUCAAUCUUCACUGUCAAUCAAAGGGACCCACAGCAAGUAGAGAGCGGCCGAUGCCAAGAUACACCCAGGGCGUCGUUCGUCUGGAUGAUUUUCUGCAUAUAGAAAGUCCCGACAACGACCUCAACAUCGACGAACUAAAAUGCCGAAGAGCGGAUAUCACAGACAUACAUCUCCAGGACUCAAGGAAAUCAACCGAAACUCUUGGAAAGCAGGUUUAUGGAAUACCAGAGAUCUGGCUUAGUUUGUUAUCCCAAACGACUCGUCUGGCAAACAUCAUGGACACCCUGAGAAACGCACGAAAUACAGAGAUCAUGAUAAGUUGCAAUACAUAUCAAGCAUUGCAGGAGCGUGCCUCGCGCCUUGAGGGUGUUAUACAUGCCUACGCCGCCCGUGAAACCGAACCAAAUCAUCGCAGUGAGCAAACGACGGAUGAUACGUUUAUCCUCCGAGCACUCAAUUCCGCCUUGAUCAUAUUUUUCCACAGACGGGUUCGACAAACAUAUCCCGCCAUCCUAGAAAGUGAAGUUGAGAAGGUCAUUACCUCUUUGCUUGCAUUCCAUAGACGGCUGAAACUAGAGGAUCCCCUUGGCCUAGGCACUCUUUGGCCCUUAUUUAUUGCUGGUUGCGAAGCCAUAACCGUCAAACAACGUGAAUCUAUCCGAUAUCUACUGGAAAAGUCAAAUAUCAUGAGCGGGCUUGCACCUUUCAAGAUUGCCAGUGAUGUCGUAACUGAGGUCUGGAGAAGGCAGGAUGAACAGCUGACAGCCAAUUGGCAGGCACCGUUCCCUAGUUGGAUCGACAUCUCAAAGGAACGGGCCAUUUGGCCAAUAUUCUGUUAA